AUGGUGUAGGGUAUUCAGGUCAGCCUAACUAGGUGCCACACUGGAUCCCUUGGCUGAGUCCCACAAUAGGGUCUGAUUCAGGUGAUCCUCUUGCGGAUUGGAAUGAGAGAAUUGUGACGUGGGCCUUCCUAGCAACUCUGGUUAUCCAGACCAGAUCAGACUGUUAGGUCAGCCGGGUCAGUCAGGAGUUGACUGAUCCAUCCAGAAUCUGCGGAUCACAGGCAGAUUGAACCCUUACAUUGACCACAUCUCCAGCCGAUUUUUGGGCCUUCCUCAACUGUGCAUAUUUUAUAAAGAUCUAUAAAUAUCAUGUUGUUCCUCAGAUUGGAUGGGAUGUUGUGAGGAAUUUAGUUACGUUCAUUGAAGUAUCCAGCAGGGUAUCAAUCAACACUGAUCUGGUUACAUUUUAAACGAAAUCUACAAAUGGGUGGACAUCCAUGAUUUCUUGCAUUUUCUCCUUCCCAAGUUAUGACAUCGGUUUAACUACUGAAAAUAUUGGAGCUUCUUCAUGGCAGGCAGACCCGAUCAUUGUGCUGGCUACAGGGACUGCAGCCGCUGCAUUGGCCGGUCGAAGCCUGAUACAGGCAUGGCAGGCCUACAAAUCCCGGCCCGUUGCUCCUCGGCUACACCGAUUCUACCCUGGGGGUUUCGACCAGAAGAUGAGCCGGCGGGAGGCAGCUCUGAUUCUUGGCGUCAGGUGCUUAUCUUCUUGCGGGAAGAGCAUAGAUUCUGUGGUGGCCAUAUCUUCUUCAUUUGUAGCGUUAGCAAUAAUAGCAGAUAAGAAUGAGCUGUUCGUUGAUAUCUGCUUUCAGGGAACGUGCGGUUGAGGAGAAGAUCAAGGAGGCGCACCGGAGGGUGAUGGUGGCAAACCACCCGGAUGCUGGUGGGAGCCACUACCUGGCAUCAAAGAUCAACGAGGCCAAGGAUAUCUUGAUGGGGAAGCAGGGUGGCUCCUCAUCGUCUGCUUUCUAG